AUGACUACCUUCGAAAGCAAAGAAAUAGUAAAUAACAGUGGAAGAAAAGAAACGGAACCAGGACAUAAGUCAGUAUUACAUCGCAACAACAACAACGGCAAAAACAACAACACAGAGAACACCGACAACACCAACAACAACAGCAGCAACAACACAGAGAACAACACAGAGAACAACACCAACAACACAGACAACAACACCAACAACACAGACAGCAACACCAACAACACAGACAACAACACAGAGAACAAGACAGACAACAACACCAACAACACAGACAACAACACAGAGAACAACACAGACAACAACACCAACAAAACAGACAACAACAGCAACAACACAGAGAACAACACCAACAACACAGACAACAACACCAACAACACAGAGAACAACACAGAGAACAACACGGACAACAACACAGACAACAACACCAACAACAACACAGACAAAAACACAGACAACACCAACAACAGUGCUAGCAACACCACAAACGACACCAACGAAAGUAAAACAGAACAGGAACAAGAAAACCCAGGCAUAUUUUCCGCAAUGUUAGGAUGGUUGAAAAGUAAUUCAAGUAAAAAGAAAUUGCAAACCCAAUCCAACGAGAAACACCCAAACGAGCCCCAACAACAAGUUACAACCAAGCAACAACCUAACAAAGCAAGUGUUAACCCCGAAGAGUCCGCUCCGCUGAACGAUAAGGAAACACAAGAAACGGAACCAGGGCAUAACAAGUCAGUAUUACAUCGCAACGGCAGCAACAACAACGGCAACAGCAACAACGGCAAACACAACAACAACACAGACAACAACACAGAGAACAACACCAACAACACAGACAACAACACAGAGAACAAAACCAACAAAACAGACAACAACACCAACAACACAGACAACAACACCAACAACACAGAGAACAACACGGACAACAACACGGACAACAACACAGACAACAACACCAACAACACAGACAACAACACAGACAAAAACACAGACAACAACACCAACAACAGUGCUAGCAACACCACAAACGACACCAACGAAAGUAAAACAGAACAGGAACAAGAAAACCCAGGCAUAUUUUCCGCAAUGUUAGGAUGGUUGAAAAGUAAUUCAAGUAAAAAGAAAUUGCAAACCCAAUCCAACGAGAAACACCCAAACGAGCCCCAACAACAAGUUACAACCAAGCAACAACCUAACAAAGCAAGUGUUAACCCCGAAGAGUCCGCUCCGCUGAACGAUAAGGAAACACAAGAAACGGAACCAGGGCAUAACAAGUCAGUAUUACAUCGCAACGGCAGCAACAACAACGGCAACAGCAACAACGGCAAACACAACAACAACACAGACAACAACACAGAGAACAACACCAACAACACAGACAACAACACAGAGAACAAAACCAACAAAACAGACAACAACACCAACAACACAGACAACAACACCAACAACACAGAGAACAACACGGACAACAACACGGACAACAACACAGACAACAACACCAACAACACAGACAACAACACAGACAAAAACACAGACAACAACACCAACAACAGUGCUAGCAACACCACAAACGACACCAACGAAAGUAAAACAGAACAGGAACAAGAAAACCCAGGCAUAUUUUCCGCAAUGUUAGGAUGGUUGAAAAGUAAUUCAAGUAAAAAGAAAUUGCAAACCCAAUCCAACGAGAAACACCCAAACGAGCCCCAACAACAACUUACAACCAAGCAACAACCUAACAAAGCAAGUGUUAACCCCGAAGAGUCCGCUCCGCUGAACGAUAAGGAAACACAAGAAACGGAACCAGGACAUAACAAGUCAGUAUUACAUCGCAAUGGCAACAGCAACAACAACGGCAAUAACAAUGACAGCAGCAACAACAUCAGCCUCCAAAACGACACCACCAACGACAACGAUGACAAGCGCAACAGCAACAAAAAAAUCAUUGGCGGCAACAAUGACAACAAAAACAGCAGCAUCGGCAGCAAUAAAAACAACCACAACAACAAGAACAAUAACAAUGGCGAGAACAAUAACAACACCACCACCACCACAAACAACAACAAUAGCAAACAUAACAACAGUAACAACAUCACUCCCACCACCAACACAACCGGUAACAACAACAACACAGACAACACCAGCAACAGUGACGAAAGUAAAACAGGACAAGAAAAAGAGAAAACAGGCACACGAACCAAAUUACGUAGAAUUUCUCAUGAAGGCGGAUGGAAUACUUUUAAAAUAUCUGCACAACAACCUAACAGUGGAAGUCACAAUGAUCAUUUAACCCCCUCAGAUAAGCCUGCUCCGCAUGAUAAGGAAAGAGAAGAAACAAAGGCAGGACAUGACAAGUCAGUAGUAAUACAUCAGCCUGAAUUGCAAAAGGAAAAUUUGAUGCCAAAUGUGAGCAGUGAAAAUAAUAAUCCAUCUAAUCAGGAGGAUAGUGGCAGGCAUUUGUCGAGUAGUGUACGGAAGGGGCGUCGAAUGCGUUACUCAUGCGGAUUGUGUUAA